CGCUCCCGCUCCCGCUCCCGCUCCCGCUCCGCUCCCGCUCCCGCUCCCGCUCCCGCUCCCGCUCCCGCUCCCGCUCCCGCUCCCGCUCCCGCUCCCGCUCCCGCUCCCGCUCCCGCUCCCGCUCCCGCUCCCGCUCCCGCUCCCGCUCCUGGGACCCAACACCAGCACCAGCAGCGCCAACAGCCGUCCGCGCAGUCGCGGCAAGCAGCGGCAGGCCGGUCCAGGGGCCCGGCAGCAGGGGGCCCUGCUCCCUGCCCGCCCCCGCCCCGGCCCCCGCCCCCUCAGGUGCUUCUGGACCGAGGGCUGGUCGCAGCGGACGCCCGAGUGGCCGCGCAGCUGACGGGACUGCCCCUGGGUGAGGAUGUGGGCGCAAUCAAGCUCUGUCCGCGCCACCGGCUGCUGGCAUAUACGCUGCCGGUUCGGGACCAACAUGACGUGUACUGCGCACUUGUACGGGAUACGGCAACAGGUCGGCUGCUGCUGCCCGGCGGGGUGGUUGGCGGGGUAGCGGGUGCGGGCGGGUUGGAGCUGGCUGCUGACGGCAGGUCGCUGCUGGUCACCCGGCCGGAUGCACUGGGCAGGCCCUGGCAGGUGGUUCUCCACGACCUGCACUGCGCCUCACCCCCGCGGGUGCUCCUGACCGAGAACGACCCGCGGUUCUUUCUUGCGCUGGGUCGCACCAAGGACUGGGCCUUCCUGCUGCUCAGCAGCAACUCCAAAACCAGCUCCGAAGUGCAUUUGCUGGACGCAGUGACCCCUGGGUCGGUCCCGCCGCGACUGGUGCAGCGCAGGAUGCCCGGUCUGGAGUACUUUGUUGAGCAUUUUGCAGCUGGUGAUAGUGCGAAUGGUGCUGGUGAUGCUGCUGGUGGUGAUGAUGGUGCCGCGGGGCGAUUGGUUAUUCUGUCCAAUUACGAUCCCAAGGUGCACCGAGAUAACGAGGAAAGCACCGGUGCUGCCGGCAACCGUGUUGACAGCGUUGGCGGCAGCAUCAGCUGCACCAGCAACAGCAUGAGCGCCGGCAUCGUCAGCAAUGGCAGCAGUACCGGCGGCGAGCUGCAUGUGUUUUCAGCUCCGGUGGGCACCCCUGGAGUGGCGCACUGGCAGCCGCUGCUGGGCCCCCGACCUGGGGUGGUGGUGACCGACCUGGACCUGUUCAGCGACUGCUGUGUGCUGUACGAGCGCCGCGAGGGGGUUCCCGCCGUUAGUGUCCUGCCGCUGGCGCCACUGCGGCUGCGGGGAGCCUCCGGAACCCUGGCAGCUGCAACUCCCUUCGAGGGGCCGACUGCCGCGGUGGUUCCUGUACAGGUGCCCCUGCCCCCCUGGGCCCUGCACCUCGUCCCCGGCAUCAACGCCGACCCGCACUCCCCCACCCUGCGCCUCACCGUCUCCAGCCCCCUGCACCCGCCAGCCACCUUCGACUACCACCUCUCAACAGGCCGGCUGGAGCUCCUCUCGCAGGAAGCAGCGCCGCCGGCAGCUCGGGAGCUGCUGCGUCGCUGCUCACUCGUACGGCUAAACGUGAUGACGUCACCUCGUACGUCAAUGUACGACAGCCCAAGCGACGGCGCCGGCAGCGGCGGCGGUCACCUUGCAGGCGAUGUUUCAGGGGGUGCUGUACACGUCCAAGUCCCCGUGACGCUUGUGUUGCCGCCUGGAGUGAAGCUCGUCCCCCAGUUGCGCAACAACAACAACGACAACAGCAACGACAGCAAUGGAAGUUCCACCUUUACAUGGCAGUUGGUGUCAGCAGGCUGUGAUGACGGUGGUGGCGAGGCACCAAACGGCUACGAAACCACAGCUGCAGCCGUGACGUCAACUUCCGGGGGGUCUGUGCCCAGGCCGCUGCUUCUCUCCGUGUACGGCUCGUACGGGCUACCGCUGGAGUGCGGGUACGACCCCACGCUGCUCAGCUUGCUGGGCCGGGGCUGGGUGGCGGCGAAGGUGCAUGUGCGGGGAGGCGGCGAGAAGGGUCGCGGCUGGCAUGUCGCGGGCCGCCGGGCCUCCAAGCGGGCCGGGGUGGAGGACUGCCUGGCUGCUGCGGAUGCGCUGGUGGCAGCGGGGCUCACUGCGCCGGGGCUGCUGGCGGGGCAUGCCAUCAGCGCGGGCGGUGUAGUCCUAGCCGCCGCACUCAACGCUCGUCCAGAUCUCUGGGGCGCUGCCGUACUGCGUUGCGCCUUCUUAGAGCUUCGGAGCAGUUGUACGGAUCCGCGAUUGCCGCUGACGGCGCACGAGUGGGACGAGUGGGGCGACCCAAGCGACCCACGGGACUGUGCGGCGUUGUGGGAGAUCUGUCCGUACGGCAAUCUGGAUGCGAGUGGCGGCAGCGGGGGCGGUUGGAGGGCAGCGGUGUUGGCGAGCUGUGCGGAUGAGGACCCGCGCGUGCACCCCGCCAUUCCCGCCAAGUGGGUUGCAAGACUGAGGCACCAGCUGCGCGCCACCACCGCCGCCGCCGCCGCCGGCGGAGGCGGCAACAGCUCUCGAAUGCCCGACGACGAUGCCGACGCUGUUACCGGCGACAGCGACGGCGACCGCGAUGUCAGCCCCUGGCGUCGUUUCCUGUCCCGCGGCAUUUGGAGGCCCAGAGCGGUUGCGGCUCGGAGACGUCGUGGCGGCGCUGCCGGCUGCGACGAUGACAAUGACACCAGCAGCAGCAGCAGCAGCAGUGGCGGAGAGGGCGUGCCGGGCGUGGUUGCCCCGUUGCUGCGGGUGUAUUGGGACGGUAGCGGGCACGUGCGAGUGGGGGAGGCGCAGGCGGCGGAGGCGGCGGAGGAGAUGGCGUUCCUGCUGCGGGUGCUGCCGUCACCACCGCCGCCGGCGCUGCUGCAGUCGACGUCAACGCCGCAGCCGACACCGCUGCAGCAGGCGCGGCAAUAGCAGGAGUGGCAGCAACAGCCGACAGCUGCAGCAACAUCCGCUGCCGUAUUCCGGUUCCCAGCAGCAGCGGCGAAUGAGGAAUGGGAUCCUUGCGUGCAUGCCGCUGCUUGGUGCUGCUGAAUGGUGGGGUGCAUGAUGAACGGGGCUUUACUGGUGUGAUGCUGGGAGGUGCUCGCAUGUGUGUUGCGACUAUAGGAGGCAGGCGAAGACAGAGCUUCGGGGAACAGGCGGUGCAGGGACCUAAGCAACGUGUGAGCAGCCUAACGUUGGGGCUUGGGAAGUCCCGUCACCCGGGACGGAAGGCAGGGUGGAAACCAAGUGCGGUGAGUAUGCUUCUCAGUGAUGCUAGUAAACCCCUGUCCGUAAUCGUGGAGCUCUUGGCAUGGUUGUUACGACCUGUAGCCCACGCUCAGAGCCGCCAGCUCGCUUCGGCGGAGCAUGCCAAAGAAACCCACCACGAGCCAGCAUGCAUCUUGGGAUCAGCGCCGCGCUUCACCCGGGUUCGUGUUGGCCUUGUGCCGGAGCAGCCCGACCGGACGCGGAUGGGCAGCGGUGCCUUCCGGCGUUUAGUGGCGCAGGCGUCUGCCGGUCGACUCUGCAACGCCUGCGCUAUAGUGCGCUUGACCCGCGGGUCGGCGCUAAUUGCUGCCUCUGCUGGGAGCCCCCGCGCGCGCUGCCAAUCCGCCAGAGCGCUCACGGUCCCAAGGAGUGUGGAGGGCGCCAAUAACGGCGACGAGUGCGUGAUGAAGAGGCAGACUAGGAAGCGGUUGAGGUCCUGGCCCCGGGCCCGUGGGAAACGGUUGAGGUCCUGGCCCCGGGCCCGUGGGAAGGCAUCCUGAUCGCUCAGGUGCAGAACAUCGACGCAGAACCUCAGGAACCGCUGGCGCCCCGCCUUCUAGGUGGCCGCAGACCGGGACUGCAUACCCAUGGUGUGGCCCGCCACCACACCUCCGUUCAGACUCCAGUGUAAGAGUUGUAUUUCAG